AUGUUCAGUUUAUUUCUUGUUUUCCUUUGUUUGUUUGUUUUUAAGGCUAUCCUGUCAAGCGGCCGUGGGACAGUAGAAGACUUCUUCCUGGCUGGCCGCAGCCGAUGGUGGCCGAUAGGUGCCUCUCUUUUUGCCUCAAAUAUUGGCAACGGCCACUUUAUGGGCCUGGCUGGAAUAGGAGCAAUGUCAGGGAUUGCAGUUGCGGCCUUUGAGUAGAACGUUCCAUUUCUGCUCUGUGUUCUUGGCUGGAUAUUUUCUCCUAUUUACAUUAAGACUGGGGUGAUGAAGAUGCCAGAAUAUUUGAGGAAGAGGUUUGGUGGCUUUCUGAUCCAGCUCCUCCCUGCUAUUCUAUACUUAUCCCUCUAUAUCUUCAAUAAGAUCUUGAUAAAUGGAUGAAAUGGUGCCAUGUUCAUGAGACUGGUUUUGGGUUUAGAUGUCUACCUGGCCACCAUAGUCUUGCUGACAAUUACUGGCAUUUAUACCAUCACAGGUGGUUUUGCAGCUGUGGUUUACACUGAUAUCUUACAUGCUAUUGUUAUGGUUCUGGGAUCAAUCUUGGUAAUGGGCUUUGCCUUUCAGGAAGUGGGAGGAUACAAGGAGCUACUGUAUAAAUACCCAGGCAGUAAGCCAAACCUAAUCCAUGAAGGAAAUUGGACUGCCAAGCCAGAAUGUUUUUUGUCUCACCUGGAUUUUUUCCAUAUCUUCUUUCCAUAUCCCAUCACUGGAGACUUCCCAUGGCCUGAUGUCUUUGGCAUCCCUACCUUCUCCUUGUACUACUGGUGUACUGAUCAGAUUUUUGUCCAGCGAUGCCUGGCGGGGAAGAACAUGUCUCACGUGAAAGGUGGCUGUGUCCUCUGCGGGUACCUGAAGCUGCUGCCCAUGUUCAGCAUAGUGAUGCCGGGAAUGAUCAGCCAAGUCUUGUUCCCCGAUAAAGUGGCAUGUGUUGUACCUUCAAUAUGUAAGAACUAUUGUGGCAUCAGAACUGGCUGCAGCUCCAUCGCCCACCCAGUGCUGAUGUAGAGCUGCUGCCCAGAAGUAAGAGGCAUACGAGGCUUGAUGCUGUCCGCACUAUGGGCCUCUCUCAUGUCCUCCCUGACUUCUAUUUUCAACUGUGCCAGUGCCCUGUUCACAAUGGACAUCUAUAACCAGAUUCGGCCUAUGGCCACUGAAAGGAUCUCAUGCUCCACCGGCUCUGUUGGAGUUUACGAGAUAGCCAAGACGAAAGGAUAG